AUGGAGGAUGGCAACCGGAUGGAGGCCUGGCACCGAAGCCUCCAGGCGGUGCUUAAUGCCUUGAACCAGACGCUGCACGGGGUCGUCCCCUGCCCCACCGACCGCCCUGCCACCGCCACCGCUGCUGCAUGCAACGCCAGCACCCGCGCCGGCCGCCCUGGCCGCAACGACAACGCCUACAUGGACAUCCUCUUCGUCAGGACNCUCUUCGCCGCCGUGGGGGGGAGCCUCAUCCUGGGCUACACCCGCUCCCGCAAAGUGGACAAGCGCAGCGACCCAUACCACGUCUACAUCAAGAACAGGGUCUCCAUGAUCUGA